CCUUUCUCUCUGUCUUGGGAAGCCCCGCUUCGCUUGCGGUGGCUGGGUGAAGCCGAGGGCCGCCGCGCUGAACUCUCCUUGGCGCCCGCGGUCUCCGAGGCGCCGACCGGGCGCAGGACCUGGUCAGCCUUUUCAUCCUCCUGAAGCCUGCACGAGGCGGCAGGGGAGUUCCUGGAUGUGUCCCGGUGCUACGUCCUCUUGAACGAGGCACAGAAUCGCAGUUCAUCCUCUCACAAAUGGUCAAAACUGUAGUUGAAUUUUACUCUUCUUCAAAAUACUCUGCUGGCACCGAAGAGAAUGUUUUCCAUGGGCCUACUUUGCUGUCAAAAAUUCCAUUACCAGAGGUAGAAAUAAUGUGAAAAUUUGGAUUAUUUCAAGAGUUAGAGCAGAUUCUGAUGUUAAAUAAUGGCAACAGGUGACUUAAAAAGAAGUUUACGGAAGCUAGAGCACAUGCUUCGUUUACUAAAUUACCCUAGAGAGGUGGAUUAUGUAGGUUUAAUAAAAGGAGACACAGCAGCAUCUUUGCCAAUCAUCAGCUAUUCUCUUACCUCAUACUCACCUUAUGUAACAGAACUUCUGAUGGAUUCCAAUAUAGAGCUGAUAGCAAAGAAUGACUUGCGCUUUACAGAUGCUGUCUAUAAGCUUCUUCGUGAUCAAUUUGACUAUAAACCAAUUUUGUCAAAAAAGCAAUUUAUACAAUGUGGAUUUGCUGAAUGGAAAAUCCAAAUUGUUUGUGAUGUUUUGAAUUGUGUGGUGAAAAAACAUAAGGAAUUGACUGGUUCUGAAAAGGUUCCAUCCCACCAAAGAAAGAAAACCAUUUGUGAUAAGUCAGAUUCUUGUUCAAGCAGUGAGAAAACACCUGCAGGCGUUAUCGGCAUUGAUAUGAGUGGCAGGGUUAUGACUUCAGGAAAGAAGAAAGCUGUGGUGAUUCGUCACCUGUAUAAUGCAGAUAAUAUCGACGUUCCUGAGGACACAAGUUCAGUAACAGAUGACAUCAGUGAAGAUUUUGAUGAGUCAGAUACCAAGACGAAUGAAACAGAGGUUUCUGAAGUGAAGGUCUCUGCAACCAAGGCUGUGCAGCAGGAUAUAAAUUAUAAUUCCGAGAUUACUGCACUUCAGACCAUGCUUGCUGAAUCCCAAGAGAAGCUUGGGAAGCUGACUUUCCUAGAGAAAAGGCUGGACCUUUUGGAAGAGACCAUGAAAGGCAAAGUGAUGGUUGAUGAAAAGACCUGGAAUGAUCUUCUAAGUCGUGUCACACUUCUUGAAACAGAAAUGCUUUUGUCCAAGAAGAAUGAAUAUGUAAAGCUUAAUGUCCCAGAUGAUGAUUAUGCUUCUGUUAGUGACAUGGAUUUUACACACUUUGAGAGAAAAAGCAAUGUGGAGAGGCCAGUGAGUGUCCAUCAGUCAUCUGGUUACAAUACAGUAUCAGCUCAGUCAACUCCCAGAGGCUCAACUAUUAAUUAUUGUGGUCUGAAAGACCUUUCAGAGGAAACAACAAUCCAGAAAAUGGAAAGGAUGAAAAAAAUGUUUGAAGAAACUGCAGAAUUAUUGAAAUGUGCAAGUCACUAACUAGAAUUUCUACAUGAACUUCCCUAGGACUUUGGCCACUUGUAUAUGUUGUAUAUUUUAAGAAUUCUUAUAAUUUUAAUGUGCUGUGUUAUUUUUACAAUGAAUUUCAAUUCUACUGAGUAGGUGAGGUUUUCAUUCAUUAUUGAAUAAAAACUUUAAAAAAUA